ACGCGCUUUUGAACGCUGCUCCGGAAACCAAGAGAUGAAAUGUGAGGAAAGAAUAAACACAGGAUGGAGGAAGAGCGACGACAUGGUUGUAGGAGACGCCGCUGUUGAAGGUGCCCGGGUCUCCAUUACUGAUACGGAUGGAGACUUCCAGAAGGACCCUGGCUGCAAGGUGCAGUCGCAGGAAAAGCUUCUCCCUUCCCUGGCACCUGGGGUGAGAGGGAUCGAAUCCCCGGCUCGCCGCCACUCCAUAGCCUUAUGCUUCGAGUUCCCGGAUAGAACCAGGCGCAACUCUAUAACCCUCCUUCCUAAAAGGACGACCCGAGUUUCCUCCCCUUCUAAAUUCUUCGCUUUUACGAGUGACCGUAUGGGGCGCUUCCUCCCCGCCGCAGAAGCUCCAAGGAGACAUUAGCCCGGAUGUUGGAGGCUGGCAGGACAGCGAGUGAGUCUUCCUGUGACAUAACCUCCAGCUUGGAGACCCUCACCUGGACUUACCUGAUGUCGACCAUGAGGCAGGAGUAAACUCAGAGAGACGAGUGUGACAAACGCGGAGCUGACUGUGACGUUACCAGUGUGCAACGUCACCAGCAACGGACGUACCUUCAGCGUCACCAGCGUAGAGCGGUGAACCAAACACUGCUGAAGGCUUACCCUAAUCUUCAGGUGUUAAUGCAAGAGCCUUCCACUGAAGGUGAGCCUCUUACUCACCGAGCCUUGCAACAUCCGGGUCUUUCGAGCUCCACACCUUCACUCUGUGUGACGUCUGAUUCGCAUCCCGUGAACGGAAUACCUACUGAGAGACGCAGCAGCUCUUGUGCGUGUAUGCCGCCCUCGCCCACAGCGGUUACCCUUGACGACAAGCGCCGGGUGUCCAUCAACUCCUGCAUUCGCACCAUGCGCGAGAACAGCAGUAACUAUGACAACCAGCUGCUUGGAUGCCAGAACGUUGGUCAUUAUGCAAAUGAGGAGACGGUGAAGGUUGUGUUGGCCAAAGCUGACGCCAUUUCCUGUGUCCUCAACGCCAUGCGCCUAUUUCCGGAAAGAGAAGAGCUUCCAGCGUCAGGCGUGCUCGUCACUGCUGAGAAUGGCGGCUGUGUCAGAGGCCAACUGCAUGCACAUCUCCCACAAUGGCGGAGUGUCGGUCUUGGCUCGCACUCUGCGUCGCUAUGACGACAACGUGGACAUCACGCGGCUGGUGUUGAGUCUCCUGGGCUACCUGUCCACACCUGGGGACAUCACCUGGGAGCUCGUGAGUCAAGGCUGCCACUGCGAGGUUCUGGCGUGAUGUCUAGACAUGCGCAUGACAGGGUCAUCGUGAGUCAGUGCUGCUUCGUCCUCGGCAAAUCUCGUCAUUUCCGUGGAGACGGCGCAGCAGCUGAUGUUGGUGGGCGGCGUGCACACCAUCAUCUCCAUGAUGAACCGAUUCUACGACGACUGCGACAUCUUGGAGAACGGCUGCCGGGCCCUCGGCAGCUUUGCUUUCUACGACGACACGUGUGUAGACGUGGCACAAGCUGGAGCGACGGAGACGGUGCUCACGGCGAUGACAUCAGACAAGAGCAACAUGAGUGUGAAGGACUGUGGAUGCUGGGCCCUGGCCUGCCUCACAAGCACAGAGAAGACCUGCGAGGAGUUCGUGUCCUUGGGCGGCCUGCACGUGCUGCUGAGGACGUUAGAGACGUUUCCACGUGAAGAGCAGUUACAGGACUACGGCGUCACCGUCCUGUGCAACAUCAGCACCCUGGACUCCACCCUGCCCUGUGUGUCGACCCACAGGGUGGUCGCUGUGCUGACCAGUGUUUGCCGAACAUUUCCGGAGAGCGUGGAGCUUCUGGAGAAGGUGAUGGUAGCCUUUGGUCAGAUCGCCAACACAGAGGAAGUCUAUAGGUCUCUUCUUUCUGACGGGGGCCUGAGGAGUAUAAUCUCUGUCAUGACGUCACUUCCUGAAAAUCGUUGCAUUCAGGACAACGGCUGCCGCAUCAUCGGAAACAUGGCGGUAACAGAACAUCUCCGCAAGUCAACAGAACAACAAGGCGCAUCGCAGGCUGUCAUCGCCGCCAUCCUCAACAUGGACAGCUGUGUGGACAUCCUACUGUGCAGCUGCAUGGCACUGAUGAACCUGACAGCUGACAUUACAGACAACAAGAUGCGAGCCAAGACCAACGGGGCGGUGCCCACCCUGCUGUCAACCCUGCGCAACUUCCCAGGCCACCCGGACAUCACCGUGGCCGUGCUCAAGACAAUAGGCAACCUUGUGGACCUGGAGGAAGUGUGUCGGCAGCUGAUUGACGAGCGUGGCUUUGACACCAUCGUAGACAUCGGCACGUGCGGCCAGCCAUCCGACGACAUCCGGGUCUUUGCCUCUCGUAUCUUGUGUGGCUUCACAUCGCUGCCAGACCUGACCGAGGACCAGCGGGGAAAGACAGAGCGGACCUUAGUCCUCCUGCAGUCCUGCUCCCCCGACAACCCUGACAUUGCUCUCAGCUUGUGUCAAGGUCUCCGCAACCUCCUGAAGUCAGGUACCUUGGUGACAAGCGGGUGGCUUGACGUCAUUCUGUCGACAAUGAACCACUUCCGGUACGAGCCAGAAAUUCACCUCAGCGCAUGUCGCAUCAUCGCUACGAUUGCUUUCGGUGGAGGCCGAGGGUCGUCUGAAGAGGCUGCGAGUCUGGUGGGGGAGCUGGCGGUGACUCGGGUGCUGCAGACGCUGAGGACGUUUCCCGAGGAGCCGGAGCUGCAGCUGGUCGGGUGCGCACCCUUUCCUGCAUCGCUGAACACCUGGGGGACCUGCGUCACGUGGUUGUCUUGUGCGGGGGGAUCGAUGACGUCAUCGCUGCCAUGAUUCGCUUUCCAACGGAUGACAGACUUCACUCAGUGGCGCUUAUCUCCCUUGCAGACUUACUUCCCCUUGACAUGACAGACGGCUCCCAGGACGGGCAGUCAGUGGUACAGGCGAUAUUCAAGUCCAUGUCGAGCUUUCUAGAACACGAGGACAUUCAGGUCAGCGCGUGCAGGGCGUUGAAAAGAUGCCGAGUGUCAGAGUCCACAGAGCUGCUGGAGCUGCUGAUGUAUGUGAUCAACUCUGUUCGCCGCCAUUACGACAACGACAAGGUGCUGACAGCUGCCGCCAAGGUCUUCAGGCGAUUUGGGGCCGGCGACUCGCGGUCCCUGGCCAUGAAGCUGCUUCCAUCACCAACACCCGUUGGCAGCGCCUUCUGGGAGACACUCGACAAAUGACGCCUCGAGUCACGAAUGAGUGGCGACAGAAACUGUAUAUCUCAGACA